AUGACGGCUCUGAGGAGUUGGCGUGGGUCUCAGUUUCUUCUCACUUGGGCCUGGAGGCCUCCCGGUGCGUCCUUGUCCCCAACAAAGUGGGUCUUUGUCCUCAACAAGGGACACGUGCAUGACCAGGCCUCCCCAGUCGGGCAGCAGUGCCAAGGCCUGUUCCUGCACCAUCCCUGGUGGCCUGUCCUGGGCACACGUAGCAGCAGGGGUCAGCGCAAGGCCACUGGCGCGGGUCCCUGCCGGAACUUUCCGUGGGACAGCCCGAUUUCGUCACCCCUGGUGACCCCUGCCCCGUGGCCUCGGAGGCACACCCGAACUCCCUCUUCCGCAGAGACCCAGCAGGAAGCUCAGCAGAGCUGGGCAGGUGCACAGGUCCCCAUGGGCCCUCGGAGGAUGGACUACGCUCAGCAGCUGACCUUCGUCCCUCCCUCCCUUCUCUUCCCCACCAUCAGCCCCCCGAAUCCCGCGCACAAUGGCCGGGUGUGCAGCACGUGGGGCGACUUCCACUACAAGACCUUCGACGGCGCCAUCUUCCGCUUCCCGGGCCUGUGCAACUACGUGCUGUCCUCGCACUGUGGCGGCGCCUACGAGGACUUCAACCUGCAGCUACGUCGCGGCUGGGCCAGCUCCAGGCCCACCAUCACCCACGUGGUGCUCCGGAGCCAGGGGCUGGUGCUGGAAGCGUCCAACGGUUCGGUGAUCGUGGACGGGCAGCGGGAGGAGCUCCCAUUCGGCCGCGCCGGCCUCCUGGUGGAGCAGAGCGGCAGCUACAUCAAGAUCAGUGUCCGGCUGGUGUUGACCUUCAUGUGGAACGGCGGGGACAGCGCCCUGCUGGAACUGGACCCCAAGUACAGCAACCAGACGUGCGGCCUGUGUGGAGACUUCAACGGGCUCCCGGCCAAUGAGUUCUAUGCCCACAAUGCCAAGCUGACACCCCUCCAGUUUGGGAACCUGCAGAAGAUGGACGGACCCACAGAGCAGUGCCAGGACCCCCUGCCCUCGUCAGCGGACAACUGCACAGAUGAGGAGCAGUCCUGCCGCCGCACCCUGCUCGGCCCGGCCUUCAGCCCCUGCCACGCGCUGGUGGACCCGGAGCCCUACGUGGCCGCCUGCGCCCAGGACCGCUGCCGCUGCCCGUCCUGCCCCUGCGCCACCUUCGCCGAGUACUCCCGCCAGUGCGCCCACGCGGGGGGCCAGCCGCGGGACUGGAGGAGCCCCGACCUCUGCCCCGCCGCCUGUCCCCUCGGCAUGCGCCACCGCGAGUGCGGCUCGCCCUGCGCCGACACCUGCUCCAACCCCGAGCGAUCGCAGCUCUGCGAGGACCACUGCGUGGACGGCUGCUUCUGCCCCGAAGGCACCGUGUGGGACGACGUCGGCGGGGCGGGCUGCGUGGCCCUGAGCCGCUGCCCCUGCGCCCACGGCGGCCGCGCCUACGCCCCCGGCGCCGCCCUGGACGCCCGCUGCAGCUCCUGCACGUGCGCCGAAGGCCGGUGGCGCUGCCGCGACCUCCCGUGCCCCGCCAGCUGCGCCGUGCGCGGCGGGACCCACGUGGCCACCUUCGACGGAAAGCUCUACGACCUGCACGGCCACUGCGCCUACGUGCUGGCCAAGAGGUGCGAAGGCGGCAGCUUCACCGUCCUGGCCGAGCUGCGCCAGUGUGGCCUGACCGACACCGAGACCUGCCUGAAGGCCGUGACGCUCAGCCUGGACGGUGGGGACACGACCAUCCGGAUCCAGGCCAACGGCGCCGUGUUCAUCAACAGCAUCUACACCAAGCUGCCCGUGUCCGCAGCCAACAUCACCAUCUUCAUGCCCACGUCCUUCUUCAUCCUGCUCAACACGGCCCUCGGGCUGCAGGUCCAGGUGCAGCUGGUGCCGCUCAUGCAGGUGUUCCUGCAGCUGCUCCCUGAGCACCGGGGCCAGAUGUGCGGCCUCUGCGGGAACUUCAACCAGAACCAGGCCGAUGACUUCCGUGCGCUCAGCGGCGUGGUGGAGGGCACGGCCGCCGCCUUCGCCAACACCUGGAAGACCCAGGCCGCCUGCCCCAACGUGAAGAACAGCUUCGAGGACCCCUGCUCCCUCAGCGUGGAGAACGAAAACUACGCCCGACACUGGUGCGCGCUCCUCACACACCCCACCAGCAUCUUUGCAGCCUGCCACGCUGUGGUCAACCCCGCACCCUUCCACUCGAACUGCCUGUUUGACACGUGUAACUGUGAGAGGACUGAGGACUGCAUGUGUGCGGCCCUGUCCUCCUACGUGCAUGCCUGCGCGGCCAAGGGAGUGCUGCUGGACGGCUGGAGGGAUGGCGUCUGCACCAAGUACAUGAGUGGCUGCCCCAAGUCCCAGAGCUACGCCUACGUGGUGGACAGCUGCCCGCCCACCUGCCGUGCCCUGAGCCAGGCCGAUGUGACCUGCGCUGUGGACUUCGUGCCCGUGGAUGGCUGCACCUGCCCCCCGGGCACCUUCCUGGAUGACGCAGGCGCCUGUGUACCUGCCGAGGCCUGCCCCUGCUAUUUUCGGGGUUCCGUGGUGGCGCCUGGCGAGGUGCUGCAUGACAAUGGCAUCGUGUGCUCCUGUUCCAACGGCAAAUUAAGCUGCCUGGGAGCCCAAGAGCAGAGCACAGGCUGCGUGGCGCCCAUGGUGUACCUGGACUGCAGCAACACCUCGGCGGGCACCCCGGGAGCUGAGUGCCUCAGGAGCUGCCACACGCUGGACGUGGACUGUUUCAGCACACACUGCGUGUCCGGCUGCGUGUGUCCGCUGGGCCUGGUGUCUGAUGGGAACGGAGGCUGCGUGGCCGAGGAGGACUGUCCCUGUCUGCACAACGAGGCCACCUACCAGCCUGGCGACACCAUCCGGGUGGACUGCAACACCUGCACCUGCAAGAACCGGCGGUGGGAGUGCAGCCACCUGCCCUGCCUGGGCACCUGCGUGGUCUACGGGGACGGGCACUUCAUCACCUUUGACCGCGAGCGCUAUAGCUUCGAGGGCAGCUGCGAGUACACACUGGCCCAGGACCACUGUGGCAACAGCACAACCAACGGAACCUUCCGCAUCGUCACCGAGAACGUCCCCUGUGGGACCACGGGCGUCACUUGCUCCAAAGCCAUCAAGAUCUUCCUGGAGAGCCACGAGCUGAUUUUACACGACGGGACCCACAAAGUGGUGCAGAGGGGACCAGGCAAGGAUCUGCCCUACAAGAUUCGGCUCAUGGGCAUCUACCUGGUGGUGGAGACGCGCCAGGGACUGGUGCUGUCCUGGGAUCGCCGGACCAGCGUGUUUAUCCGGCUGAGCCAGAAAUACAAGGGUCGGGUCUGCGGACUCUGCGGGAACUUCGACGACAAGGCCUUCAACGACUUCACCACGCGGGGCCAGUCCGUGGUGGGCAACGCCCUGGAGUUUGGCAACAGCUGGAAAUUCUCCCCAUCCUGCCCAGAUGCGCCCUCCCCCAGGGACCCCUGUGUGGCCAACCCUUACCGCAAGUCCUGGGCACAGAAGCAGUGCAGCCUCAUCAACAGCGCCACCUUCGCCGCCUGCCACUCCCAGGUUGACCCCACUAAGUACUACGAGGCCUGCGUGAGCGACGCCUGUGCCUGCGACUCGGGCGGUGACUGCGAGUGUUUUUGCACCGCCGUGGCUGCCUACGCCCAGGCCUGCCACGACGUGGGCGUGUGCGUGUCCUGGAGGACGCCUGAAAUCUGCCCCCUGUUCUGUGACUACUACAAUCCCCACGGAGAGUGUGAGUGGCAUUACGAGCCCUGUGGGGCCCCCUGCCUGAAGACCUGCCGCAACCCCAGCAGUCGCUGCCUGAUGGACCUGCCUGGCUUGGAAGGCUGCUACCCCAAGUGCCCUCCCAGCAAACCAUUCUUCAGCGAGGAGGAGAUGAGCUGCGUGGCCCAGUGUGGCUGCUAUGACCAGCAGGACAACUACUAUGAAAUUGGAACAGACAUUCCCUCGACCGAGAACUGCCAGCGCUGCAACUGCACUCCUGGAGGAGUCCAGUGCACCUACAGUCUCGAGGCCUGCACCUGCACCUACGAGGGGAGAAUUUACGGGUAUGAAGAUGUCAUCUACAACACGACUGAUGGGCUGGGCGCCUGCCUGGUGGCGGUGUGCGGGAAAAACGGCACCAUCAUCCGCAAGGUCGUGGAAUGUCCCGGAACACCAGCCACGACGCCCUUCGCCUUCACCACCACCACAGCGUCCCCAACCACGACAGGCUGGGUAUCCACCGCCUCCACUGUGUGUGUGCGCCAGUUCUGCCAGUGGUCUGACUGGUACGACAGCAGCCGCCCGCAGCCAGGCAUGGAAGGGGGAGACUUCGAGACCUUCGUGAACCUCAGGCAGCGAGGCUAUGCAGUGUGCGAAGCACCGGCUGGCGUGGAGUGCCGGGCGCAGCAAAUACCCCAUGUGCCGCUAGAGCAGCUGGGGCAGAGUGUGGACUGCAGCCCGACACGGGGGUUGACAUGCCGUAACAGUGAACAGAGCCCCCCGCUGUGCCACAACUAUGAGAUCAGGGUGCUCUGCUGUGACUAUGUGCCCUGCGAAAGCUCUACCACACCCAGCACGCCGGGACCCACACUCGGCAGCAGCACCACCGAGGUGACUGCCUCUGAGUCCCAGCCUACCCGGGCCUGGGACUCCUCAUCACCGACCCCAUCCGCCGUGCCUGCCACCAGCGGGACCCCAGAGGCCACCUCCUGCCAGCCCCAGUGCCAGUGGACACCGUGGUUCGAUACAGAUUACCCCCAGUCGGAGGAGGCCGGCGGGGACACGGAGACAUACGACAGAAUCCGGGCAGCGGGAGGGGAUGUAUGUGCACAGCCGCAGGAUAUCGAGUGCCAAGCAGAGAACUUCCCUCACUGGACGGCUGAGGAGCUGGGCCAGCGUGUCCACUGCAACGUCAGCUUUGGCCUGGUGUGCAGGAACGAGGAGCAGCCGGGUCCGUUUAAGAUGUGCUACAACUACCUGGUCCGGAUGCUGUGUUGUGACACUCGUUGUGGGGUCACAACCACCACAGCCAGUGGGGUGACCACCACCAUGGUCAGCAGGGAAAUGUCCACCACCAAGGCUGGUGGUGUGACCACCACCAUGGCCAGCAAGGGAACGUCCACCAUGGCCAGUGGGGAGACCACCACCAUGGUCAGUGAGGCCACAUUUACCACCACAAUUAGCACCGCAACCAACACUACCACUGUCCCCUCUGCCACAGCCACCACAAAGCCACCAGCCACAGAGUCCAGAACCACCCCCUGGACACCUGCGGGCCAAGCCACGUCACUGUCCCCCAGCCCCCCAGAAAGGAUGGUGACAACUACCAUGGGGAAUCCCACCUCUGCGCCCAGCUCCAAGACACCCAGCUACUUGGAAACCACGUGCUCAGUUGAGACAGACCAGCACGGCUCCAAAGGGCUCAUCAACUGCACCCCCCUUGGAGACCAGCACGAUGCCAAGAGGGUCACCAACUGUGCCAACCCUGAAGACCAGCACAACGCCAAGAGGAUCAACAACUGCACCCCCCUUGGAGACCAGCACAGUGCCAAGGGGCUCAACAACCUCCUUCCACAUGGAGACCAGCACAAUGCCAAGAGGAUCAACAACUGCACCCCCCCUGGAGACCAGCACAGUGCCAAGGGGCUCACCAACCUCCUUCCACAUGGAGACCAGCACAAUGCCAAGAGGAUCAACAACUGCACCCCCCUUGGAGACCAGCACAGUGCCAAGGGGCUCACCAACCUCCUUCCACAUGGAGACCAGCACAAUGCCAAGAGGAUCAACAACUGCAUCCCCCUUGGAGACCAGCACAGUGCCAAGGGGCUCACCAACCUCCUUCCACAUGGAGACCAGCACAGUGCCAAGAGGACCAGCACAGGGAGGACACAGACGGUGCCAACCACCACCGAGGCCAUCACCAGCAGAGGGACUACAGGCUGCCAGCCCAAGUGUGAGUGGACAGAGUGGCUGGACGUGGACUUCCCCACCUCAGGCGUCCAGGGUGGGGACAUGGAGACAUUUGAGAACAUCCGAGCGGCAGGGGGGCGGCUCUGCCCGAACCCGCAGAAGAUAGAGUGCCGGGCAGAGAACUACCCCGAGGUGAGCAUCGACCAGAUCGGCCAGGUGCUCGUGUGCAGCCUGGAAGUGGGGCUGGUGUGCAGGAACAAGGACCAGAAUGGCACCUUCCACAUGUGCUUCAACUACAACAUCCGCGUACUCUGCUGUGACGACUAUCGCCACUGCCCCAGCACGGCAGCCACGCAUGCCAGCACCAGCCUGAAGCCCAGCACAGCUGUGCCGGUCUCUUCCACACCAGCCACGUCCAUGCCAGCCAUAUCCACAGCAGCCACAUCCACAACAGCUCCAUCCACUCCAGCCCCCUCUACACCAGCUUCAUCCACAACAGCCCAAUCCACGCCAGCCCCAUCCACACCGGCUUUAUCCACACCAGCCACCUUUGUCCACAACAGCCACGUCCACAGCAGCCGUGUCCACUUCAACCAUGUCCACAACAGCCACAUCCACACCAGCAACAUCCACACUGGCUUCAUCCACAACAGCCACGUCCACAGCAGCUGUGUCCACUUCAACCAUGUCCACAACAGCCACACCCACACCAGCAACAUCCACACUGGCUUCAUCCACAACAGCCACGUCCACAGCAGCCCCAUCCACACUAGCUCCAUCCACACAGGCUUUCUCUACACCAGCCACAUCCACAUCAGCUCCAUCCACGCCAGUCCCAUCCACGCCAGCUUCAUCCACAACAGCCACAUCCACAACAGCCACAUCCACACCAGUCCCAUCCACGCCAGCUUCAUCCACAACAGCUACGUCCACAACAGCCACAUCCACGCCAGUCCCAUCCACACCAUCCACAUCCAUGAUGUCUUUGUCCACGCUAGUCUCCCAGACGACCACCAGCCGGAACGCAUCACCCAAGUCUUCCAAGACAACCCCUGCACCUCCAUGGGGACCACACUGCCAUCCUCGCCUGGCUCCAGCACGCCCACCCUGGCCACCUCCACCAGCUCUGGCUGCAAACCACGGUGCACGUGGACCGCUUGGUUUGAUGAGGACUAUCCUACGCCCGGCCCUGACGGGGGCGACUUCGAGACUCUGGGGGUCCUCCGAGCAGCCGGCCACAACUUCUGCGAGCGCCCGCAGGACAUCCAGUGCCGCUCGGAGCUGCGGCCACAGGCGGCGCUGGAGGAGCUGGACCAGGUGGUGCAGUGCGACGUGCGCGUGGGGCUGGUGUGCCGCAACCACCUGCAGCCUCCGCCUCUGCGCUACUGUCACAACUACCACGUGCGCCUGCUCUGCUGCGACCUGAGCCACUGCGUCAGCUCGGCCGCCACCACCACGGUCGCGGGUGCCACUUCAUCUGUCACUGCUAGUACAUUUGCAGUGUCUACACCCAUCCCCACCUCCUCCACUACUGCCAGCACCUCCAUGGGACCCAGCACCAAAGCCAGCUCCUCCACCGUCACCAGCACACCUGUAGCUCCCACCACCACGGCCACCAUCCCCACCCAACCUCCAUCCCCAGCAGGGUCCCCUGGAACCACACCCCAGCCCCGAAGUGCUGCACCGAGCACGACUUCAACCAGUGCCAGCACGGAACUGACCACUGGUUCCCUCCCACCAUCCCACACUCACGUGGGCACAACUUCAGGCCCCUCCCCAGCCUCGGGCACCCCGGGCCUCACGCGCACGACGCCACUCCUGACCCCUGGCAGUGGCACCACAGCCUGCCAGCCCCGCUGCUCCUGGUCCAACUGGCUGGACGAGAGCAGCCCGGUGCCUGGCGCUGCCGGCGGUGAAUUCGAGACCUACGCCAGUAUCCGAGCUGCCGGCCGGGACUUAUGCGAGAAGCCUGUGGCCCUGGAGUGCCGCGCGGUGGCCCUGCCUGAUGUUCCUCUUGAGGAGCUGGGCCAGGCGGUGCAGUGCCGGCUGCAAGAUGGCCUCAUAUGCCACAACCGUGACCAGCAAGGCCGCUUCAAGAUGUGCCUCAACUAUGAGAUCCGAGUGCUCUGCUGCGACACCAUCCACUGUCCCAGCACUGCUGCCACCGCCACCGCCACGGUCACACUCACCCCAGGUAUUCGCACUGGGUCCCCGCCGGUCUCUACCACCCCUGCACUGCCGCCCACGACCCCCAGCACCAGCCCCAGCCGGACCACCCCUGGUUGCCAGCCCCGCUGCUCGUGGUCCGACUGGCUGGACUCGGACCAGCCCCUGCCUGGCCGCUACGGUGGUGACAUCGAGACCUACUACCACCUGGAGAGCGUGUACGGCCAGCUGUGCGCCCAGCCCACGGCCAUCGAGUGCGAGGCUGUCCUCUUCCCAGGGGUGCCGCUGUGGCAGCUGGGCCAGGAGGUGCAGUGCGACGUGCACUACGGGCUCAUCUGCAGGAACAGCUGGCAGGCCUGGGGCCGCAACUGUCUCAACUACCAUGUGCGUGUGCAGUGUUGCGACUACAGUCACUGUGCCAGCUCCCCGGCACCCCCCACUGGCCGGACCACUUCGGAGGGGCCAGGGUCAAGCGCGCCGGGCACCACCCAGCAGCCAGUCUCCUCCCCUGGGGCCACACCAACUGCCUCGUUGUCCACCACGCAGACAGGACCCUCCUCUCCGAGUGUCACACCAACCACCACCGAAUCCACCACCCAGACGGUACCUUCCUCUCGUGGGGCCACGCAAAGUGCUACGUCAACCACGCAGACAGGACCCUCCUCUCCGGGUGUCACACCCACAGUUACCGAAUCCACCUCAGAGGCAGGACCUUCCUCUCCACGAGCCACGCCAGCUGCCACCAAAUCCACCACCCAGACAGGACCCUCCUCUCCGAGUGUCACACCCACUGCCAGCAAGUCAACCACAGAGACAGGACCUUCUUCACCUGGGGCCACACCAGGUGCCACCGAAUCUACCACCCAGACGGUACCUUCCUCUCGUGGGGCCACGCAAAGUACUAUGAAGCCGACAACACAGACAAGAUUCUCCUCUCCGAGUGUCACAUCAAGUGUCACUGAAUCCACCACAGAGGCAGGACCUUCCUCGCCACGAGCCACGCCAGCUGCCACCAAGUCCACCAUGCAGACCCGACCCUCCUCCCCCAGGACCACAGAAAGAGUCUCUGUCCCGAGUCUCUCUCCCACCAGCCCCAGCAUGUCCACCAGUGCCACCUCCCACCAGCCCUCAACCACCCCGCUCCGCAGCACCCCAGUCUCUCUGGUCACGGGCACCUCUGCAGGGACCAUGCUGCCCUCAUCGCCUGCCUCCAACACGUCCACCCUGGCCACCUCCACCAGCCCUGGCUGCACACCCCGGUGCACAUGGACUGACUGGUUCGACGAGGACUACCCCACGCCCGGCCCUGACGGGGGCGACUUCGAGACUCUGGGGGUCCUCCGAGCAGCCGGCCACGACUUCUGCGAGCGCCCGCAGGACAUCCAGUGCCGCUCGGAGCUGCGGCCACAGGCGGCGCUGGAGGAGCUGGACCAGGUGGUGCAGUGCGACGUGCGCGUGGGGCUGGUGUGCCGCAACUACCUGCAGCCUCCGCCUCUGCACUACUGUCACAACUACCACGUGCGCCUGCUCUGCUGCGACCCGAGCCACUGCGCCAGCUCAGCUGCCGCCACCACCACGGUCGCGGGUGCCACUUCCACAGUCACUGCCAGCACAUUUGCAGUGUCCACCACUAUGGUCUCCUCCUCUAGUGCCGGCAUCUCCGUGGUGCCCACUACCAGGGCCACCUCCACGAGCCGACCUGGCGUCAGCCUUUCUCCUGUGAACCCCACGAUCCUCAGCAGCCCACAGCCUCCCACCAGUGCCAGCACCCCGUUUCCCACCUCACACUGCUUCUGCCAGGCCUUUGGACAGCUCUUCCGCCCCGGGGAAGUGGUGUACAACCAGACGGACCGGGCCGGCUGCCGCUUCUACGCCAUCUGCAACCAGGACUGCUCCAUCGACCGCUUCCAAGACCCCUGCCCCAGCCCCUCGCCCCCGACACCCCCUAGCUCUGAGUCCCCACCCUCCCCGCCUCCGGGCUGCGACCUUGUCGACCCUCCAAGACAGGUAAACGAGACCUGGACGCUGGAGGAUUGCACGGUGGCCCGCUGUGAGGGCCACAACCACAUUGUCCUGCUGGAGCCCACACCCGUGCCCCCUGUGUCAUGCGUGAGUGGCCGCCUGCCCAUCAAAGUGAGCCGUGAGGACGAGCCAUGCGACUACCACUAUGAGUGCGAGUGCUCCUGCAGCGGCUGGGGGGACUCUCACUUCACCACCUUCGACGGCACCAGCUACUCCUUCUCCGACAACUGUACCUACGUCCUGGUGCGGGAGAUCCGGUCUCGCCACGGCAAUUUUAGCGUCCUGCUGGACAAUGCCUUCUGUGCCGCCUCACCCGCCGCUGCCCGCUGCCCACGCGCCCUCCGUGUGCUGUAUCAGUCCACGGAGGUCGUCCUCACCACCACGGCUGGCCCCGGAGGCCAGCAGGAGAGCCUGAUUCUGUUCGACCAGACACGGGUGACUGAGAGCUUCAGCAAACAUGGUGUGACAGUGUCGGCCGGGUCCAACAUGGUCAUGAGCCUUGAGAUCCCUGACAUCGGCGUCAGCAUCACCUUUGACGGGAAGGUUUUCCAGAUCCAACUGCCUGCUGGCCGCUUUGGCCACAACACAGAGGGCCAGUGCGGUACUUGCACCAACAAUCAGGCAGACGAGUGUCGCCGCCCAGAUGGCACAGUGGCUGCAAGCUGCCAGGACAUGGCCGGCUCCUGGCUGGUGCCUGAGAGCAGCAAGGAGGGGUGCGGGGCCGUGCCCAGCCCGCCACCCCCUACCAGCACUUCGUCCCCGGCGCCCAGUACGCCCUCGUCCACUCUGUGCCCCCCAGAACCGCUGUGUGAGCUGCUGCUGAACAAGGUGUUCGCCGAGUGCUGGGAACUCAUCCCGCCGGAGCCCUUCCUCAGUACCUGCCUCAGCGACAGCUGCCACAGCCCAGCCGCGCCCUGCCAGAGCCUGGAGGCCUAUGCUGCUCUGUGUCGGGCCCGGGGCGUGUGCGGGGACUGGAGGAACCAGACCAACGGGCUGUGCAACCUGCCCUGCCCACCCGGCAAAGUGUACGACGCCUGCGGCCCCGUCCAACAGCCCACCUGCGACUCCAGGACCCAGAGCCCCGUGGGCACUGCCCUGGCGGAGGGUUGUUUCUGCCCUGAAGGCCAGAUGCUGUUCAACGCGCACACGGACGUCUGCGUGCCGCAGUGCCCCUGCGUGGGACCGGACGGGUACCCCAAAUUCCCCGGCGAGCGCUGGGUGAGCAACUGCCAGGAGUGCGAGUGCGCGGGCAGCCCCGCGUCGGUGCGCUGCUCGGCCUUGACCUGCCCCGAGCCGGACCUGCCGGCCGAGUGCGCCCUGGACGGCUUCGUGGCCGUGACGCGGCCGCGGGCCGACAACCCGUGCUGCCCCGAGACGCUGUGCGUGUGCAACAGCAGCGCCUGCCCGCGCGACCCGCCCGAGUGCGCGCCCCAGGAGGAGCUGGUGCGCGCGCAGGACGCCGGCAGCUGCUGCCCCCGCUUCCACUGCCGGCCCAAGCUGUGCGAAUACAACGGCACGGUGUACGGGGUCGGCGCCACCUUCCCCGCGGCCACGCCCUGCCACACGUGCGCCUGCCUGUCCGCGGGUCCCGGGGAGCCCAGCGUGCGCUGCGAGAGGGACGCCUGCGCGACCGCCUGCCCCCAGGGCUUCCAGUACACGGAGGUCGCUGGGCAGUGCUGCGGGCAGUGCCUGCCGUCGGACUGCCGCACGCCCGACGGGAACCUGCUGCAGCCCGAGGAAUCCCGGCCCAACAGCCUGGACAACUGCACCGAGUACCACUGUGAGGCCGACAAUGGGCUCCUGCUUCUGCAGCUCAGGCCCACCGCCUGCCCAGAUGUGUCCAGCUGCAGGGGCAUCCUGAGGAAAUCUGGGUGCUGCUACACCUGCGAGGAAGACGAAAGAGGCUCCUGCCACGUCCACACCAAUACCACAGUCCUGCGGCUCGGGGACUGCUUCACCAAGGAGGCCGUCGACGUCCCCUUCUGCCAAGGCCUCUGCCCAGGCCUGUCCAGGUACUCGCCGGGCGCCCUGGCUAUGCAGAGCCACUGCACCUGCUGCCGUGAGACGCGGACGCACCAGCGAACCGUGACCCUGCACUGUCCCGACGGCUCCCGCAUGCAGCACACCUACACCUACGUGGAUGCGUGCAGCUGCGAGCAGGCAUGCGUGCCGGAGGCUGCCGCCCACUCCUACGAAAUCUCUAAUCUGACUCGCUAA